GGGGGGCUCGUGCGGAUUCUCAUUGGAUCGCUGCUCUUUGAGAAAAACAGGUUGCGCCAUAUUGUCCUGUUCCCGAGGAGAGCGCUUCAUUUCUGCAAAAAUGACUAAAUAGCUUUGCUUGUUUUAUGAUGGCUCACACUGGGACACUGGAAGGCGCAUCCAUGGAGGACAGCUCCGACAUGCAGGGGACUAGUGUCUGCCUUCGAAGUCGCCCAUGCUCCAGCGAGAGGGACGGCCAGGUACGGGCUGUCAAAGCCGCUCUUCAGUCCAGGCUGGGGCCCUACGAGCCCGUGCUGACCUACCUGCAGUCCGUCCUGGUGUGGGAGAGACCUCUCCAGUGUGUGCUCCUCUACACCGCGGUCAACGUUGUGUUCUGGUUCUUCGCCUUGACCUCACUGCGCCUCCUGUUCCUGCUGGCUUUUGGUCUGGCUGUGGUUAUCAGUGUUGAUACCUGGAGAAACAAGAUCUGGCCAGAAAUAAGAGUCCAAAAUGUGGAGGAAUCAGAAAGUGAGAGCUGGGGUCUGGUGCAGCCUGGCAUCAUCAGUGUGCCUGAAUUGUGCCACCAUAUUGCUGAGGCCUGGGUCAGCGGAACAGUUUUCAAGUCCAAUGUGGUUCAGUACAAACGACACAACCCUGGCAAGUUUUGCAUCCUGACCUGUGGAGUGUUCAUCUGUCUGGCUGUGGUUGGCCGCUACAUUCCUGGCUUGGUGCUUUCCUACUCUGCCUUGUUAGCUACUCUCCUGGCCCCUCUGGCAGCCUAUCACAGGGUUUUUCAGUAUGUGUGGGUGAAGCUGGAGCCAGUCCUGCAGCGGCUGGAUUUCAGCGGCACUGGAUACAUGAUGUCAAAGCCUAUUGAUAAUCAGUUUCUGCGGAGGCCGAUCCGGGGUGCCGGUGAAGCCAGCGACAGUGAAGAGGAGUUGGCUGCUUUCUGCCCAACAUUUGAUGAUGCUGUUGUUGCAAAGGAGCUUGCGCUGACAGACUCAGAGCACUCUGACGCUGAGAUGUCCUACACCGAGAAUGGAACAUUUAAUCUAUCACGUGGUCAGACCCCACUCACAGAGGGCUCUGAGGACCUUGACAGACACAGUGAUGCUGAGGAAUCCUUUGCUGCAGACCUCCAGGACUUCCCCUCCAUAAACCCUGAUGCCACUCUGAUGGAUGACGAUGACGACACAAGCAUCGGGUUACCUAGCCUGGCUCUAUCCGGGCUAGCUAGCCAUCGGGCUUCAGUGCUGGAUGCUCAUCUGGACUCGGACCAGGAGGAUCUGGAUGAAGAGCUUUCUCUCAGCGGCCUGCCACCUGCCUCUGAUUUCACUGGAGACUUGGCAGGAAUCAUCGCCAGCAACAUGAUCCAGGCGGCGAUAGCCGGGGCACUGCAGCCCCGGCCUCAUGCUGUCCAGCGCAGAGAAGGUCCUCCUAAGGCCAGAGCCCAGCGGAGCUACCGCAAGCAGUCCAGCUCCGAGCUGGACACAGACAUGGACGGAGAGGACUUUGAAAUGCUGGAUCAGUCUGAACUGAACCAGAUGGAUCCCAUUGCUGGAGCAGGGGGUAGUAGACGGGGAGAUAGCCAGGGGUCUAACUUCUUAUCUAGCCUGUUGGGUAAACCACAGUAGAUUGCGAAUGUACGUAUGUGUGUUUGUGUGUGCAUGUUGAUGAGCUGUGAAUGUGAUGAUAGAUUCCAGCAGACCUGCUUCUGAUUGGCAUCAGUUUAUCACUGUGAAGUAUUUUAUUUUUCAAACUUUCUCCUCUACUUUUAAACCUUGAUCAUCCAGAAAAAAACAACUUAUACUUUGUAGGCUGAGCAAUAGGAAAUGCAGCUACAAAAAAAACACAGACAAUAAAUAAACCAGCAGUAAUGAGCCAUGUUGCAGUUAAGAGGGUUUUUAUUAUCGACAUCAAAUGAAGAUCAACAUUUCCCAUGAAUCUUUUCUACAGGAAGGUCUAGAUAUACAGGGCUAUUUAACAUGGGACCAAACAUGACAUUCCUGUUGGUUGAGCUGAGCCAUGUUGAUUAAACGCCAACGUGAAACAGCAUUUCCAUGUUUUGCCUUUUCAGUGAGUGAAAUAUUUGAGAUGGAUAAAUCAGUCCCUGCUUUUUCCGUGACAUUAAGUCCAAAAAACGGUUUAUAUCUCUGUAGAUGUUCAUUCUCUGUCCAUUCAACUGACAUGAGGCUAUGAUCUGUUAGAAGUGAUUCGAUGUUACCGGUAAGCAGAGAAGAAUUUAAUUUCUUUUCCAAAGACUUGAGGAUUCGAACAGAUAUUCUCCUCUAUUAAGAAGAUGAAUAAUGUUCAAAUCCAAGUUUCAGUUACUUUUCUCUGUGGUUUUAUGCUGAAGAAAUAUUCAUAUAUGAUCAGUUGUUGCUUAUUUUGUUACUUUAAAAGUCACAUUCGUCUUAAGAUCUCUGACCUAGUGAAGCAUUUGAAGUUCCUUUUUUUUUGUGCCCCAGGGUUAGUUAAAUGUAUUUUUAAUUGAAUAAGUUAAUUUCCCUGACCUUUAAUACAGCUCAGUAAAACAUUGUAUUCAUGCUUAAUAUCUUGAACGAGCCCUCAACUAAGUUUAUUUUUCGGAGAGAUACAAACACAUUUCUUUCUUUUUAUCAUCUUAGAUUUUCUUGUAGGUGACAGUCAUGCUGAACAUUUUAAAGAGAAAAGUCUAAUAUUCUUCUAACGAUGGAUAUUUUACAAAGCCAAGUAUUAUUGGCUUUGUGGGCUGACCAGCCAGAUCUCUACUCGAUGGACAAACCUUAUCUGUGUGUCAUAAUCUUUCAAUGGACACGGCAGGUCAAACACACACAAGCUACCGUUAAGAUAUAAUAUUUGAAAGAGUGUAAAAAUGCUGGGAGACACAUUGCUCGCUUUCAUUGUGUUAUUUAGAGAAGACAAGCUGUAGCUGCGAGAGCUGGAUCCACAAUCAUGAAAGUGAUGUAGAAAAGUGCACUGAUAGGACAUCGCUGGGAUUUUGAUGCUAAAUAAAAAUGAGGAGGAUAUCAGUUUGUUUGAUCACCUCAGUUACCUAGAAAGUUGCUGCCCUCUGAAUAGUCACCUCCUCAAUGAAUUACCUGUUGUCAGUUUGAUGUGCAUAGUGGUUGUAUGUUCUUCUCUGUAUCUGGUUUUGAUAUGUUUUGAUGUGCAAAUCAUGUUGAAUAAAAUGUUUGCAAUUA